CAAACAGGAGGCGGAGAGUGAAAAGUGGCCAAAUAUUUAGUGCCUGCUGCUUUUGCGCGUUCAUUCACCUGCGAGAAAUGUCUGACUCGAAUCGGCUGCUUCUUUUGCUGGUGGUUGUGGCCUCGGUGGCCGCCUUGCAGCAGCAGCCGGCCGCCCCAAACGCCACCGCCGCCUCCAGACAAAAGAGAUACGUCCUCUUUGGCAAGAAUGCGCGAAGUGGAAUUCGAGUCAACUUCAAGCACAACCGCGUGUUGCCCAUAACCACAAUCCUGGCCUACUCGGACGGAAUGCGUUUGACGUGGGAUUUGCCGACCAAAGUGUCCGAUUUCCGCCAUAGGAGGGCUGUCCACAGAAGACACUUGCUUGAAUUUGCGGAGACGCUGAUCACUGGGCAUGGCAUGGACGGUGGCGCGUGCGUGAUGCGAGCCCUGUGCGAGGCGGCCACUCUACCCUUUCCAGCGGCUGGACUGAUAAGCAAAAUCCUGCACAGAAUAUUUUUCGUUCCAGACCACGAAGUGCCGCAUUUGGGACAAUACGCUGACAGCUACAACACGAGUUGCGCUCCUCUCUUUGCUCCUCGUUGCCCCUUUUCUCUCUUUUCACACAGAAUGAAAUAAUUUACUGUAAUUUAUUUUAAAAUAAAUAAACUAGAGGUUUUCAAUUUAUUCCUA